AUGGCUGUCCUACAGGUAUUAUCCGCUCUUGCACUUCUAUGGAUCUCUUUGGGUUUCCUUAGGCGGCGUCUCUAUCCAACAGUACUAGAAAAUGUUCCAGGACCUCCUGGCGAGUCUUGGAUUGCAGGCUCUCUGAAUUAUGUGCGGAAUCAUAAAGGAUGGGAUUAUCACCAGAACCUUGCCGAUACAUUUGGCAAGGUUGUUCGUCUGAAAGGAGCAUGGCAGUCAGAUAGGCUCCUCGUGUUUGAUCAGAAGGCCAUGUACCAUGUUUUAGUCAAGGACUACAACAUCUAUGAAGAAACAGAUUCUUUCAUAGAAGGAAAUAAAAUUAUGUUUGGACAUGGCAUAUUCACCUCGCUAGGUGACGAACACAGGCGUCAUAGGAGGAUGUUGAACCCUGUCUUUUCAAGUGCUCAUAUGCGACAAAUGGUUCCUAUAUUUUAUGAGGUCGCGCACAAGGUAAAAGACGUCUUCCUCAACAAAGUUCAGAACGGGCCACAAGAGGUGGACGUUGUCAAUUGGAUGACACGAUUGGCGUUGGAACUUAUUGGUCAAAGUGGUCUGGGUUACUCUUUCGACGAAUUAACCGAAACCAGCCCUCAACAUAAAUAUGGAUUGAUGUCGAAGAAACUUGUCACCAUGCAAGGGGACGAAUUUGUCCGAGAUUGGGUCAUGCCUAGGCUCACCAGAAUUGGCACACCUGCGUUCCGUAAAUUUUUGGUUGAUUUGAUGCCCUUUGAGGCAAUUGCUGGCAUGAAAGAGAUCGUGAAUGUGUUACACGAUACCUCAACGCUCAUUUUCGAAACUAAGAAAAAGGCACUAGCUGAGGGAGAUGAAGCCGUGCAGAACCAGGUUGGUAGAGGAAAGGAUAUUAUCAGCAUCUUGAUGAAAAGAAACGUUCUGGCGUCAGAUGAAGACAAGCUCUCUGACGAGGAAGUGUUGGCACAAAUCACGUCGUUGACGUUUGCUGCCACUGAUACUACUUCCGGGGCUCUGUCUCGUAUUCUUCACCAAUUGGCUAUCCACAAAGAUGCACAAGACAGAGUCAGGGAAGAAAUUAGAGAAGCGAGACGGGAGAAUGGCGGACAAGACAUUGGCUAUGACGAAUUGGCCACACUACCCUACCUGGACGCUGUAUGCAGAGAAACACUCCGGCUCUAUCCCCCGAUUUCAUGGGUUCCCAGAGAGGCCAAUGAAGACGUAAUUCUUCCUUUAUCUAAGCCCAUCAGAGGUUUAAAUGGCGAAGAAAUUCGGGAAAUACCUGUUCCAAAAGGCACCAAUGUCAGCGUUUCACUUCUAGCUGCCAACAGAGAUCCGGAUUUAUGGGGUCCUGACGCACUUGAAUGGAAACCCGAGAGAUGGUUAAACCCCCUUCCCGAAGCUUUGGUCGAAGCCCAUGUGCCUGGAAUAUACUCGCAUUUGAUGACAUUCCUUGGAGGCGGCCGGUCCUGUCUUGGAUUCAAAUUUUCACAACUUGAAAUGAAGGUCGUCCUCACUUUACUAUUGGAAAAUCUUGAAUUUUCGCUCAGCAAACAGCCGAUUAUUUGGCAAAUGUUUGCUAUAUCCACACCAAACGUGGACCCUGAUAGUGUGAUACCUACUAUGCCAAUGAUCAUCAGCAUGGCUAAGUAG